ACGGCAUUUUGAGCUGAGGGUGUUGCUGUGAUUGUCAUUCCAAUUUUCCUGGUUGAUGGUUUCUAAAGCUCUGCUUUGAGGAGUCAACUGAGGUUUAUGAGUAGUUCGAACUAUAUGGAGAUUGAAGGCUUUGAUUUGAACAAAGUCUAUGCUAAUGCUGGAAAUCAUAGCAAGAGGGCUGAUGAUCUCAUUGAUAGAAGCAAAGUGAAAAUAUUGUUGUGCGAUAAUGAUACCAAGAGUUCGGAAGAGGUUCUAACGCUUCUUUCGGGAUGUUCUUAUCAAGUUACUUCAGUAAGCUCUCCAAGGCAGGUAAUUGAUGUACUGAAUGCAGAGGCGCAAGAUAUUGAUGUCAUACUAGCUGAAGUUGACCUUCCAAUGAAGAAGGGCAUGAAGAUGUUGAAGUACAUUGCACGAAACAAAGAUUUGCAUCGAAUUCCUGUUAUAAUGACGUCAGCACACCAUGAGGUAUCCAUUGUUAUGAAGUGUUUGAGACUUGGAGCAGCAGACUAUCUAAUAAAGCCUUUACGCUCUAAUGAACUAUUAAAUUUGUGGACACACAUGUGGAGAAGGAGGCGCAUGCUUGGUCUGACAGAGAAGAACAUAAUGAACUAUAAUUUUGAUCUAGUGGCAUCGGCCAUAAUGAACUAUGAUUCUGAUCUGGUAGCAUCAGACCCUGGAGAUGGUAAUACAACCAGUACCGCCUUGUUCUCAGAUGAUACAGAAGACAAGUCCAACAGGAGCACUAAUCCGGAGGCAGGAAUGUUAAUCCAGCGGCAAGAUGAGUCUAAAGGUGCUGCUGCUGAUGCUCCUGAGAAGCCCCCGGCUGGCCAUGCAUCAGAUUAUUUGCUUGGUGUGCCUGGAAUUAGUGAUCACCAGACAAGGCACUGUUCUUCAGGACCAAAGAAGAGUGGACUAAGGAUUGGGGAAUCAUCGGCCUUCUUUAGUUAUGUUAAAACAACCAUGCAAAAGAGCAACUUGGAAGGGAUUCCUCAAGCUCAGAGUAACGCUGCUACGCAGCUGAGGAUGGAAGACAUGCAUCAAACUUGUCCACGAGGGGUUUAUGACCUUAAAACACAUGAAAAUAGAGUGCCAAGUGAGAGACCUAAUAAAGAUUAUUUACCCAGCAGCAUUAGUAAUGCUGAUUCUUUCUCCGUUGACAAUUCUUCUGCUCCACCCGCUUCCAUGGGAGCUCUAAAUCAAAAGAACUUAAAUGAACAUUUACCACAGGAUGUUAUCUGUAUCAGAAAUGGAAGUCAUAUUCCUGAGACUGAAGUACCUGGUACUCCUUCCCAUCAUGCUCAUCCACAUUAUAUUUCAGGGUUCUUCAAUCACCUUCUGAUGCUAUCCUCAGCGCCAAUGUAUCCUAAGAAUCACCAGGACCAACAGAAUCAUGCUAGUUGGAUAACUUCCUUGCCAUAUUACCCCAUGACUAUAUGCUUACAACCUGGUCAGACGUCCUCAGCUCAUUCACGGCCAUCAUUUGGAAGUUCAGGUUCAUCCAAAGCAAAAGUGGAUGUAGUUGAUAGAAGAGCAGAAGCAUUGAUGAAGUUCAGAAAGAAAAGGAAAGAACGAUGCUUUGAUAAGAAAAUUAGGUAUGUCAAUCGGAAGCAGCUUGCUGAAAGGCGACCUCGGGUGAGGGGACAGUUUGCGAAAAAGUUGAACGGAGUCAAUGUUGAUCUUAAUGGACAACCUGCUUCCAUUGAUUAUGAUGAAGAGGAGGAGGAGGACGAUGAUGAAGAGAACAAUGUGAGAGAUUCAUCUCCUGAAGAUGCUCGAGAAUGCAGAAUCUCUGCUUUGAGCGAGGACCCUUAAUCUGGCAUCACAUUGCCAUGCAUGGGGACCUCCACUGAUCCUUGUUUCAUGGGAAAUUGUUGCCUCUUCAUUGAUUAAUGACCAUGUGCAUGCUGUGUCAGUGUUGCUGAUACAUUGUGCAAAUUUUUUUCCUCCUGCCAUUUGCAUCUGAUGUGAUCCAAAGUUUCAUGUGUUUGAUUCAAAAUGUUAGAGCGGAGUGUGACUGCUUAUGUCCACGGAGCUAUGAAUGGCCUGAGAAUAACUGUUAAAUAACAAAUAUUACAACUAUAUCAAAAGUUAAAAGGCCUA